CUACUUUUAGGGCGACAGCAAGGAAUAGGCCAUAGAAUCCCAAGCAAAGACUCACUGUUCAUGUUGUCCGCACUCUAUUGGCUCCAUAAAGGAGGAGGCUCCUCCAUCCAUGGCUCGCAGUGCUCGGAUAUCUACAACGACCAACCCUUAGGUCGCGGCCGCCGUUGCUCGUCUCUCUUCACCCUGCCGCCGCUCACGGCACGGCAUGGCUUUCCAGAGGCGGCGCCACCGACUGUCGCCGUCGAUACGAACCAAAUCGACAAUGUUUACCGCCGUCUUGAUCGUCCUCAUUUUCAUCGUUGUUCUCUCUUUUUUCACUCCCCUUAUCGAAAUCGACAGCCACAACCUCGCAGAGCCCGUCCGCCGAAUCCGCGAUCGGCCGAGGCGGAGCUUUAGGGAUCUAGAGAUGGAACAUCAUGCUGGAAAUAAGAAAAAUGCUGCUAGUGAAGUGCGGCAGGAGGGAACUCAACCUAUUGUUUUUCAUAUUCCGAAUGAGGGGGAAAAUACCAAAUAUGAUCUUUGGGGUUCGAAGUUGUCCAACUACUAUUAUGGUUGCAGCAAUGCCAGCAAAAAGUUUGCAGCUGCUGAAGUGAUUACUUAUCCAAACAGAUAUUUGAUGAUUGCAACAAGCGGAGGCCUCAAUCAACAAAGGACUGGAAUAACUGAUGCUGUUGUUGCGGCACGCAUAUUGAAUGCAACUCUUGUUGUUCCGAAGCUUGAUCAGAGGUCUUUCUGGAAAGAUUCCAGUGAUUUUGCUGAAAUAUUUGAUGUUGACUGGUUCAUCUCGUCUCUAUCGAAAGAUGUGAAAAUUAUAAAGCAACUUCCUAGAAGGGAAGGGAAGGUCAUUAGAGGACCAUAUACCAUGCGUGUGCCAAGAAAAUGCAAUCCAAGAUGUUACCAAACGAGGGUCUUGCCUGUUAUUUUGAAGAAACAUGUUGUUCAGCUCACAAAGUUCGAUUAUAGGCUAUCAAAUAGGUUGGAGACUGAUCUGCAAAAGCUUAGAUGUCGAGUAAAUUAUCUCGCUUUAAGAUUUACCGAUCCAAUACAAAAUAUGGGCAAUAUGUUAGUACAUAGAAUGAAGGCAAAGAGCAAGCAUUUUAUUGCUCUCCAUCUCAGAUUCGAACCCGACAUGCUUGCAUUCUCCGGUUGCUAUUAUGGCGGAGGAGAUGAAGAAAGGAGAGAGUUGGGAGCAAUUCGCAGGCGAUGGAGAACUUUACAUAAAAACAACCCCGACAAGGAGCGAAGGCAAGGACGAUGCCCUCUUACACCCGAAGAAGUAGGCCUCAUGCUUCGAGCUUUAGGCUUUGGCCACGACGUCCACCUUUACGUGGCUUCCGGAGAAGUGUACGGCGGCGAAGCCACAUUAGGACCCUUGAAAGCUCUAUUCCCCAACUUCCAUUCAAAAGAAACUUUGGCCAAAAAGGAAUUGGCUCCGUUUUCUGGCUUUUCGUCACGUAUGGCCGCUCUCGACUUCAUUGUAUGCGACGGUAGCGAUGUUUUUGUAACCAACAACAAUGGCAACAUGGCCAAAAUUCUUGCUGGUAGGAGGAGAUACUUCAAUCACAAGAGGACGAUACGACCAAAUGCAAAGAAGUUGUACUCUUUGUUCCUUAAUCGUUCGAACAUGACUUGGGAUGCAUUUGCGACGAAAGUAUGCAAAUACCAGAGAGGAUUCAUGGGAGAGCCUAAUGAGGUGAGGCCCGGAAGAGGCGAGUUUCAUGAAAAUCCUUCAACUUGUAUUUGCGAAAAUACCGAGGCAAGGUUGCAAACGUCUCCGAUUUCUAUGAAUCACGGUGAGGCCGAGCGGGAAGAUGAACGGGAAGCCCAUGACGAUUCCGAAACUCCUGAUGUAGAAGAUGAAGGAGAAGAAACCAUUCUACCAGAAGGCAUAAUUAGUGAGUCUGAAGCAGAUGAUGAGUCUACAAUCAUCCCAGAGGAGCAGGGGGAAGAGAUGCUUUCGGAUUAGUAAUUUUUUAAUUGA